UUAUUCAACUUCGUCAAAAUAAUGAUAAUCAAAUAAUAAAAGAAUUUAAAUUUGUUGCUGAUGCUAAUUAUUAUCGAAGUUUACCAAUCACAUGGUUAGUUAUUGGAAUUUUAUCCGGUAUUCUUUUACUCAUAGCAGCUCUUAUUGUUCUUGUUUUAUUUAAACGUCUUCAAAUAGCAUUAACUAUCCUUCAAGAAGCAUCAAAAGCUGUUGCAUAUAACUUUUUUAGUCUUUUCUGGCCAUUUAUACCAUUAAUAUUACAUAUUGGCAUAUUUGCUUAUUGGGCAGCUAUUACUAUGUAUUUAGCAACGGCAGGAAAACCGAUUUAUCGAAUAGCAGGUAAUCAAUCAGAUGCAGAUUCAAUAGAUCUAACAAUCGGUCAAAUAUGUGAUCCAAAAAAAUGGAAUAAAAUAACUAUUAUAUGUCAUUGUCUUCGAGAUUCGAAUGCUGGAAUGAAUGUUGAAUGUAUAUUUUCGGAGUAUGGAUAUGAUCCACAAGUUGAUUUGGAUAGUAUUCUUAAUGGUACUGGUAAACAUUUUCAAUCUUUUAUUAGUUUUGUCAAUGAAAAUCAAUGGCUUCCACAAGUAUUUUCUGCUUUUAUGUUUUUUUGGUUAACAGCUUUUACAAUUGGUUUAAGUGAAUUAGUUCUCGCUGGUGUUUAUGCACGUUAUUAUUGGGAUAAAAAACGAUUUGGUAUUCCAUGUUUAUCAUUAGGUCAAUCUUUAUUUCGUGCAAUUGUAUUUCAUCUUGGUACAAUUGCAUUUGGUUCAUUAAUAAUAGCCAUUGUUAAAUUAAUUCGUGUGUUAUUAGAAUAUGUCGAGAAAAAAGUUAAAGAUAA